GUCCUUAUCGAAACAGACUGCAGCUCAACUACAACUCCCAUCUACCCUUGGUGGAGUUUAGAUAGCACACUACUGCGAAUCAUUGGGUCUGAAUUAUUUCAUCCAGCGAAUGAGCAGUGAGGAUACUGCAGCGCCAGAAUGACCUUUAUUGAAGUGCUUCAAGCACCGGUCGCUGUGGCGGCGUAUUAGCCGCUGUCUCAUCUGUAUGUGCCCCUGUCCCAGUCGCAGACAGGGUAUUCAUUAUUGUAAAUAUCAGGUGGAAACCGACGGCUACUCACUAUGGGAGGCAGUGGGAGUACAACAAGGAAAGUGUCAUUCGGACUGGACGAAGACGAGAAGGUCACUGUAAUUGAAGGAGUAAAGCUCUCUGAUGACGUGCUCAGGCGGAUGAGGGACUCUCAGGGGUCUGACAGCGCCAAGCCACCCCAAUCCCCAACAGACAGUCAUAAACCACCACCAAGUUCAAAACCAACAGGACCUUUCAGUACAGAAAUCCAAGAGGAAAUCCGCAAAAACUUUGAGCGUCAGCAGGCCCUUGUGGAGGAGCAGCUGGCCCAACUGGCCCAGAGGGAAAAAGAGACAGUAAGAACCCCAGGCCAGGAUGAGCUGACCCCUGCCCUUAUCCUUGAGAAAGGAAAAGUCCACGAAGAGCAAGAAAAAAACAAGAUACUGCCAGCAGAUUUGGAUGCCUGGGCUAAAAGGCUGGAGACGAAGGAGAAAGAACUGACCAGCAUUUCCAGCUUCUAUAAAGAGCAACUAGAAAUACUGGAGAAAAAGAACCUUGACUACUACGAGCAGACAGCUGAGCAGUACAACCAGGCAGCCACCAGAGCUGAAGCUCACAUCCGACCUCGGCAGACUGCGUCUGUGUGUACUGAGCUGCAGGCCAAGGUGCUGCAGUGCUACAGAGAAAAUCCACAGCAGACCCUGCUCUGCUCCAGCCUGGCCAAACAGUACAUGAUCUGUGUGCAGCAAGCCAAGAAGAGCUCACUGACGAAUCAUGGCUGAGAAACCCAAAGACAGAAAGAGGAGAUGUUGUAAAGAAGCAGAGAUGUCAUAUCAGUUAUUUUCUUGCCUUUUUCUCUGAUUUAUCUUUUCAGUUAUUUUUCCACCAUCACUGAAUAACCCCCAUCCUGUUCCCCCCCUCCCUGUCCUCCUUGUUUUUUGAGUGUAUUAUCUUGACAUGUCACUCCAGAGUUUAUGAUGUGUUGAUUUAUUGUCAAGUUGCGCUGGCACACCCUGCCGUCGCUGAAAUAAAUCCCAGUGAUCCGGUGGUGAUGAGACUGCA